AUAGUAUUGGAUCCUUUGUUUUUGAAAUUUGAUAGUAGAUCUAAUAUCUAACGCGUUAUUUAGCUCCGUUCCAUUAGAGUAAUAAAUGUUUUAGGGUGUGUCGAAUGGACAAGGAAUAAAAUGUGUUCAAUUAAUUUAAUUUUCAUUUUGCUUCUUGCAACGGUGGAACAUCUGCACACAGCUACAAGUACUACUAUAUCCUCAACACCGGACAUUACGUCAACGCUAGCGACCGUUACAACCACAUUUGUUACUACAUCCUCAACACCGGACAUUACAUCAACGCUAGCGACAUAUACAGUCACAGUUGCUCCGACAUCCUCAACACCUGACAUAACAUCAACGUUAGCGACAUAUACAGUCACAGUUGCUCCGACAUCCUCAACACCUGACAUUACAUCAACGCUAGCGACCGAUACUGUCAUAGCUGCUCCAACAUCCUCAGCACUAGUCAUUACAUCAACGCUAUCGACCGAUACUGUCACAGUUGCUCCGACAUCCUCAACACUUGACAUUACAUCAACGCUAGCGACCGAUACAAUCACAUUUGAUACUACAUCCUCAACACCGGACAUUCCAUCAACGCUAGCGACCGAUACAGUCACAUUUGCUACUACAUCCUCAAUACCGGAUACUACAUCAACGCUAGCGACCGAUACAGUCACAUUUGCUACUACAUCUUCAACACCUGACAUUACAUCAACGUUAGAAACCGAUACUGUCACAGUUGCUCCGACAUUCUCAACACCGGACAUUACAUCAACGCUAGCGACCGAUACUGUCACAGGUGCUCCGACGUCAUUAACACCAGACAUAACAUCAACAAUAGCGACUGAUACAGUCACCGUUUCUCCGACAUCAUUGACACCGGAUAUAACAUCAACGCUAGCGACGGCAUCCUUAACACUGGACUUGUCAUCAACGCUACUGACCGAUUCAGUCAUCGUUGAUCCAACAUCCUCAACACCGGACACUUCAUCAACGCUAGCGACCAAUACAGUGACACUUGCUACGACUUCCUCAGCACCAGACAUUACAUCAACGCUAGCGGCCGAUACACCCACAAUUCCUCCGACAUCCUCAACACCGGACUUUUCGUCAACUCUAGCGACGGAUACUGUCACAGUUCCUCUGACAUCGGUCGUUACGUCAACAUUUGCGACCAAUACAGUGACGUUUUCUACAACAACCUCAACACCAGGCAUUACAUCGACCGAUGCUGUCACAGUUGCUCCGACAUCCUCAACACCAGAUAUUAGAUCAACACUAGAGACCGAUGCAUUCACAGAUGCUCCGACAUCCUCACCACGGGACAUAACAUCAACGCUAACGACAAAUACUGUUACAGUUGCUCCGACAUUCUCAACACCGGACAUUAAAUCAACGCUAGCGACCGAUACUGUCACAGGUGCUACGGCAUCCUCAACACCGGACAUUACAUCAACGCUAGUGACCGAUUCAGUCACAGUUGCUCCGACAUUCUCAACACCGGACAUUACAUCAACACUAGCGACCGAUACAUUCACAGUUGCUACUGCAUUUUCAACACCGGACAUUACGUCAACGCUAACGACCGAUACGGCCACAGUUGCUGUUACAUUCUCAACGUCGGACAUUACAUCAACGCUAACGACAUAUACAGUCACAGUUGCUACUACAUCCUCAUCACCGGACAUUACAUCAAUGCUAGCGACCGAUACAGUCACAGUUGCUACUAAAUUCUCAUCAACGGACAUUACAUCAACGCUGGCGACCGAUACAGACACAGUUGCUACUACAUUUUCCUCAACGGACAUUACAUCUACUACAAUCUCAACUCCAGACAUAAUGUCAACGCUAACGACCGAAACAGUCACAGUUGCUACUUCAUCCUCAAUACCGGACAUUACAUCAACGCUGGCGACCGAAACAGUCACAGUUGCUACUACAUCUUCAACACCGGACAUUACAUCAACGCUGGCGACCGAUACAGCCGCAGUUGCUACUACAAUCUCAACUCCAGACAUAAUGUCAACACUAACGACCGAAACAGUCACAGUUGCUACUACAUCCUCAACUCCGGACAUAACGUCAACGCUGGCGACCUAUACAGCCACAGUUGCUACUACAAUCUCAACUCCAGACAUAAUGUCAACGCUAACGACCGAUACAGUCACAGUUGCUACUACAUCCUCAACUCCGGAAAUUACAUCAACGCCAAUGACCGAUACAGUCACAGUUGCUACUACAUCCUCAACACCGGAAAUUACAUCAACGCCAAUGACCGAUACAGUCAUAGUUGCUACUACAUCCUCAACACCGGACAUUACAUCAACGCUAGUGACAGAUACACCCACAGUUGCUACUACAUCUUCAACACCGGACAUUACAUCAACGCCAAUGACCGAUACAGUCACAGUUGCUACUAUAUCCUCAGCACCGGACAUUACAUCAACGCCAAUGACCGAUACAGUCACAGUUGCUACUAUAUCCUCAACACCGGACACUACAUCAACGCUAGUGACAGAUACAACCACAGUUGCUACUACAUUCUCAACUCCGGACAUUACGUCAACGCUGGCGACCGAUACAGCCACAGCUGCUACUUCAUCCUCAACACCGGAAAUUACAUCAACGCCAAUGACCGAUACAGUCAUAGUUGCUACUAUAUCCGGUACACCUGACAUUACAUCAACGCUAGUGACAGAUACAACCACAUUUGCUACUACAUCCUCAACACCGGACAUUACAUCAACGCUAGUGACAGAUACAACCACAAUUGCUACUACAUCCUCAACACCGGACAUUACAUCAACGCCAGCGACCGAUACAGUCACAGUUGCUACUACAUCCUCAACACCGGAUAUUACAUCAGUCACAUUUGCUUCUACAUUCUCAACACCGGACAUUACAUCAACGCUAGCGACCGAAACAGUCACAUUUGCUACUACAUCCUCAACAUCUGACAUUACAUCAACGCCAGCGACUGAUACAGUCACAGUUGCUACUACCUCCUCAACAUCUGACAUUACAUCAACGCCAGCGACUGAUACAGUCACAGUUGCUACUACCUCCUCAACAUCUGACAUUACAUCAACGCCAGCGACCGAUACAGCCACAGUUGCUACUACAUUCUCAACACCGGAUAUUACAUCAACGCCAACGACCGAUACGGACAUAGUUUCAACUACAUUCUCAACACCGGACAUUACAUCAACGCCAGCGACCGAUACAGCCACAGUUGCUACUACAUUCUCGACACCAGAUAUUACAUCAACGCCAACGACCGAUACAGACAUAGUUUCUACUACAUUCUCAACACCGGACAUUACAUCAACGCCAGCGACCGAUACAGCCACAGUUGCUACUACAUUCUCAACACCGGACAUUUCAUCAACGCUGGCGACCGAUACAACCACAGUUGCUACUACAUCCUCAACACCGGACAUUACAUCAGUCACAUUUGCUACUACAUUCUCAACACCGGACAUUACAUCAACGCUGGCGACCGAUACAGUCACAUUUGCUACUACAUCCUCAACAUCGGACAUUACAUCAACGCCAAUGACCGAUACAGUCACAGUUGCUACUACCUCCUCAACACCGGACAUUACAUCAACGCCAGCGACCGAUACAGCCACAGUUGCUACUACAUUCUCAACACCGGAUAUUACAUCAACGCCAAUGACCGAUACAGACACAGUUUCUACUACAUUCUCAACACCGGACAUUACAUCAACGCAAGCGACCGAUGCAGCCACAGUUGCUACUGCAUCCUCAACACCGGACAUUUCAUCAAUGCUGGCGACCGAUACAACCACAGUUGCUACAACAUCCUCAACACCGGACAUUACAUCAACGCUAACAACCACAGUUGCUACUACAACCUCAACACCUAACAUAACAUCAACGUUAGCGACAUAUACAGUCUCAAUUGCUACUACAUCCUCAACACCGGACAUUACAUCAACGCUAGCGGCCGAUACAGUCACAGUUGCUACUACAUCCCCAGCACCGGAUAUUACUUUAACGACUGAUGCUGUCACAGUGGUUCCGACAUACUCAACACCGGUCAUUGCAUCAACGCUUGCGACCGAUACUGUCACAGUUGCUCAGACAUCCUCAGCACCAGGCAUUUCAUCAACGCUAGCGACCGAUACUGUCACAGUUGCUCCGACAUUUUUAACAACAGACAUUGCAUCAACACUAGCGAAUGACACAGUUAUAGUCGAGUCGACAUCAUCAACACAAUUUACUGGUUCCGCUUCAGUCACAGAAACACUGCCAGUCGCAGACACAAUUCAUAUAACAUCGUCUUUAACUGGUGUUACUUCGUUGACUGCUACUCCUACUACGAGCGUUACACUGUCAAGUACGGUUUCUUUGACAACAACAACUGAAACUGCGCCCCAAGAAACGUCUUUAACUGUACUUGUUAUGAUAUUUCCUAUUAAUGCUUCUGGAAUAGAUCUAAAUAAUCAAACAAGUGCGGAGUACGUCCAAUUAAAAACGGAAGUUGAAAACCAGCUUGUCCUUGUAUAUACUCGACUGAUUGGAAGUGAUUUCCUUUCACUGACCAUUAUAAAUAUAAGGUAUGGAAGUAUUAAAGUCGAUUACGAAGUGGAGGUUGCAAAAUCACCCCAGGCUUCCAGUAACUUAAACAAGGCUCAUAUAGAUCUAGUAAGUGGGAAAGAAAAUAUAGAGGUACUAAAUCAAAUAGUGUCGGCUGAUUCAGUGGAAAGUGACAAUAUUACAGUUACACAAGCAGAUGUCAAUGACGCAUCAAAGCUUUGUGAACUUUUCAUUGCCACUGCUGGUGAAUGUCAAGAUAAUUUUGAAUGCAAAUUAGAAAACGGUUAUGCUGCAUGCAUUGAAAAAGAAAAAGAAGGUAUGAUACUUAAAAUAUGCCUUACAUUUUAGUCUAAAUAGGCUAUGGAGAAACUUUCUCUUUAGAUAUUAAGCAUUGAAACUAUCAAGUAGUACACAAUCAAUUAUUAUUAUUUCUAUUUAUGUUAUAACCACUAUACUGUAAUCAUCUACGUCAUCAUCGUCAACAUUAUCAUAUUCUUCUUCUACUACUUCAAGUUCGUCUUCCUCUUUUUCUUCUUUCCUUACCUUCUUCAAAAUCAUCAAUAGUGUCGUUGUUGUCGUCAUCAUCAUCAUUGUUAUCAUUAAAUGCUUUACUUUUACUGUUAUAGAUGAUGUUACCGUAAUAAUCCUAUUAUCCAUUGGUGGCUUUAUCUGUCUUGUGUUGGCUGGGGUGAUUACCAUAUAUAUUGUUAAAAUGAUACUUGCACAGAGAUCGAAGUUCAGUUUGGAUAACUCUCUCAGUUCUUUCGAAACAAGAGGUUGGAAUCAUUCGAAAGCUCUUAGACUGUAUGGAAGUUCUUCCGAGUGGCGACAGCAGGCAUUAGAAUACCAACUACCUUCGAAUUCUCCGAGAGGGGACUAUAUACCUAGAGUAGAUGUCGCUUCAAUUUCCGCCAGUCGUAGAAAUAUAGCAGACUCUGAAAGACAAUCCGAACACUUAGCUGAGGCAAACGAGAUUCUUGCUCAGAGUUACAUACCAAACAAACGAGGAAACCUAUCAACAACUCAUAUUUCCGAGAGAGCAGUUUGAUGACAGACCGACGAGUAGCUGUUUCUUGUCGUCUGCUUGUAGCUACCAAUACUGACAUCAGAGUUAAAGAUACUCGUUCACUUUGGUGUGACAAUAUUAAAGUAUGUUCCAUUCCAAAGGUUUACCCCAACUUUGGUGUCACAUGACAAAACUACGACACUUACCGGCAAAGUAAACAUGGUUUGAUAAACUAAAAAAAAGUCACCCUCGAGAAAUUUAACGAUUUUUUUCUGCUUUGCCAAAUAUCCAAAUAAAUGACAAAUUAAAUUUUCAACGGCAGUCUCCCAUUGUAAUUUCUUGUCGCCAUUGGAGUUUGCUCUCUAAAUUUGGAGUAUUACGGGAAAAUUCACGUGAAUUUUAUCGGGAGCGAUUCAAGACUCAUUUCGUUUAUGAUUAUGAAUGCAUGUGGGAAAUGAAAUGUUGUAUUUAAAAAAAAAGCUAUAACAAUGAACACAUUAUUUAGAUCUAACAAAAAUGUAAAUUGACUCACUUUUAACAAAGUUAUAAACAGUCCAAAAUUCUUCCAAGUCUUCGGUAGCUCUAUCCAAUCCUCGAUGAGUAAAUUGUAAACAAACAAGGUCUUUUAAACAUCGGUGAAAACCAGGCAUCAAUCGCACCAUGCCCUUGAAACGAUGACUUGUUCAAAAUAACAUCAUUUCCAAACGUAUGGUUCAAAGAUAACCUGUAUUUUAGCAUCCUUACUGAAGUAUUUACAGUCCGCCACAUAUCCAAUUUCUUUCACAAUGGUCAGUUUUGAACUUCAAUAAACAAUAUUUACCGGUUGUGUAUGCAAGAGAAUUACUUUUCUACGAAAGAAACUUGUGACGUAUUAGACAAAUGACGUAAUCUUGCUGUGGCCAUAUGCAGAUUUAUACGAGGCGCACAAGGGAAAUAUUACCUCUAGUAGGUUUAAAAACACAAUCAGCUGAUAGAAGAUAGAAAUCUUGACGUAUCUAUGUCACGCUAGAAUUAUACUUUACUUCUUGAAAUAUAUAUCUAAACAAUG